AUAUCCAAAAUAAAUCACUCUGGUUACCGAAAAGAACAUAGGGUAUCUGAACAAAAUCUCAGAGCUCACAUAGGCAUAGAUACUUCCAUGUGAACUUUAGGAAUCUUGGCUCGUCUAACUUUUGCAGUGCUGAGUGGACCCCCUGCUCCCGCUAGGCGUUUUGGGAGCACCAGCAACCUCCACACCAGGACGGGGCUGUCGGGGGCCGCUGCGGCGCAGGGGUUCGCCCGGGACUGAGUCAGCAACGGGGCCGAGAAGUUCGGCGGGAGGCGCAGGGCGGGGCUUCCUCCCUCCGACUCCGAGCCCGGCUCUACUUUUCUGAGUCCACGUCUCUUCCUUUGGACAGGCGUGUUUCCCCAGGUCGGGCCCAGCCAACGUGACAGUCGCAGACCUGGGAAAAGGGCGCUCCGGUCCCGCCUCGAGGAUUUCCCCCGGCCGCUAAGGCAGCCCGGGCCCGCUCGGCCCAGCCCCUCACGGACUGCGGCGCGCGGCUCCCCGGGGCCCGGCCCGCCGAACGCCUCGCUCCACAGCCCUCACCUCGCGGCGCCGAGCGCAGCGUCCGCGGCAUGGAGACCGGCUCCGACUCAGAUCAGCUUGAACGGGUCUUUUUACGACUUGGCCAUGCUGAAACAGAUGAACAAUUACAGAAUAUUAUAUCUAAAUUCCUUCCUCCUGUUUUGCUCAAACUGUCUAGCACCCAAGAAGGAGUACGUAAAAAGGUAAUGGAACUGCUGGUCCAUCUGAAUAAACGUAUAAAAAGCCGCCCCAAAAUACAACUUCCAGUAGAGACACUGUUGGUUCAGUACCAGGACCCUGCUGCAGUUUCCUUUGUCACAAAUUUUACUAUAAUUUAUGUUAAAAUGGGCUAUCCUCGCCUACCAGUGGAAAAACAAUGUGAACUGGCCCCUACGCUUCUUACUGCCAUGGAAGGGAAGCCUCAGCCACAGCAGGAUAGCUUAAUGCAUCUUUUAAUACCAACCCUUUUUCACAUGAAAUACCCUGUUGAAUCAUCAAAAUCAGCUUCUCCGUUUAAUCUUGCUGAGAAACCAAAGACUGUGCAGCUGCUUUUGGACUUCAUGCUAGAUGUCCUUCUGAUGCCUUAUGGUUACGUGUUAAAUGAAUCCCAGAGUCGCCAAAAUUCAUCUUCAGCACAGGGUUCUUCUUCAAACAGUGGUGGCGGUUCCGGAAUCCCACAGCCUCCUCCGGGAAUGAGCUUUUAUGCAGCUAAACGAGUUAUUGGUGAUAACCCAUGGACACCUGAACAAUUGGAACAGUGCAAAUUGGGAAUCGUGAAAUUCAUAGAAGCUGAACAGGUGCCUGAACUCGAAGCUGUUCUCCACUUGGUGAUUGCCUCUAGUGAUACACGCCACAGUGUGGCAACGGCAGCAGACCUGGAAUUGAAAAGCAAACAGAGCUUAAUUGACUGGAAUAAUCCUGCCAUCAUUAAUAAGAUGUACAAGGUGUACCUUGGAGAUAUACCACUGAAGACAAAAGAGGGUGCGGUUCUGAAGCCAGAGUUGAAAAGGGACCCUGUCAGUACGAGAGUCAAGUUAAAGAUUGUCCCCCAUCUCCUCCGCUCUAGACAAGCUGCUGAAACGUUCCCAGCCAACAUUCAGGUGGUGUAUGAUGGACUUUUUGGUACAAAUACAAAUUCAAAGUUAAGAACAUUAUCCCUGCAAUUUGUGCAUCAUAUUUGUAUAACCUGUCCAGAAAUCAAGAUUAAGCCAUUAGGUCCAAUGCUUUUGAAUGGCCUCACCAAGCUAAUCAAUGAAUACAAAGAGGACCCUAAACUACUGUCAAUGGCAUAUUCAGCUGUUGGAAAACUCUCCAGUCGAAUGCCGCAUUUAUUCACUAAGGAUAUAGCUCUUGUGCAGCAGCUUUUUGAAGCCCUUUGUAAGGAAGAGCCUGAGACUCGACUUGCUAUUCAAGAAGCUUUAUCUAUGAUGGUUGGAGCGUAUAGUACUUUGGAAGGGGCACAGCGAACUCUCAUGGAGGCACUUGUGGCUUCAUACUUAAUAAAGCCUGAAGUUCAAGUUCGACAAGUGGCUGUGAAAUUUGCCAGCACGGUGUUUCCCUCAGAUCAUAUCCCUUCCAGAUAUUUGCUGCUACUGGCUGCAGGAGAUCCACGUGAAGAAGUUCAUGGAGAAGCACAACGUGUUUUAAGGUGUCUUCCAGGUAGAAACAGAAAAGAAAGUACUUCUGAGCAGAUGCCUUCCUUCCCAGAAAUGGUUUAUUACAUCCAAGAAAAGGCUUCUCAUCGAAUGAAAACUCCAGUCAAGUACAUGACCGGGACCACUGUCCUUCCAUUUAACCCAGCAGCCUUUGGAGAGAUCGUUCUGUACUUGCGCAUGUGCCUUGCGCACAGUGCGGGGGUGGUGCCCACCUCUCAGAGUUUGGCUGAUAUGCAGGAUCAUGCCCCAGCCAUUGGACGCUACAUACGGACUUUAAUGUCAAGUGGGCAGACGGCACCCUCAUCAUCUAACAAGAGUGGGGAAACUAACCCUGUCCAGAUCUACAUUGGCCUGCUUCAGCAGCUGUUAGCAGGUGUUGGAGGUUUGCCAGUUAUGUACUGUCUAUUGGAAGCUGUGUCAGUGUAUCCAGAAAAGCUGGCUACCAAAUUUGUAGACAAAACAGAAUGGAUAAAGAGUCUGAUGAAUAGCAGUAAAGAAGAAAUGCGCGAACUGGCAGCAUUGUUUUAUUCUGUGGUGGUAUCAACAGUGUCGGGGAAUGAGUUGAAAUCAAUGAUAGAACAGCUUAUAAAGACUACAAAAGACAAUCACAGCCCGGAGAUACAGCAUGGAUCCUUGCUUGCAUUGGGAUUCACGGUGGGAAGGUAUUUGGCUAAAAAGAAAAUGAGAAUGUCAGAGCAACAAGACCUGGAGAGAAAUGCUGACACCCUCCCUGAUCAAGAGGAACUCAUUCAGAGUGCUACAGAAACAAUAGGCUCAUUUUUGGACAGUACAUCACCCCUCCUGGCAAUUGCUGCUUGCACAGCCCUGGGUGAAAUUGGCAGAAAUGGUCCACUUCCAAUCCCCAGUGAGGGAUCUGGCUUUACCAAAUUGCAUCUUGUAGAAAGCUUACUAAGUAGAAUACCUUCCAGUAAAGAAACAAAUAAGAUGAAAGAACGAGCAAUCCAAACACUGGGAUAUUUUCCAGUUGGGGAUGGAGAUUUUCCUCACCAGAAACUCCUCUUGCAAGGUCUGAUGGAUUCUGUGGAGGCCAAGCAGAUAGAACUUCAGUUCACUAUUGGCGAAGCCAUUACCAGCGCUGCAAUAGGAACUAGUUCUGUGGCUGCCCGAGAUGCCUGGCAAGUGACUGAAGAGGAAUAUACUCCACCUGCUGGAGCCAAAGUGAAUGAUGUGGUUCCAUGGGUGUUGGAUGUGAUUUUAAAUAAACAUAUCAUCAGCCCCAACCCACACGUGAGGCAAGCAGCUUGCAUCUGGCUCCUUUCCCUUGUGAGGAAGCUAAGUACCCACAAAGAAGUGAAGUCUCAUCUUAAAGAAAUUCAGAGUGCAUUUGUUUCAGUUCUAUCAGAAAAUGAUGAACUUAGCCAAGAUGUUGCAUCAAAGGGCCUUGGGUUGGUUUAUGAACUAGGCAAUGAACAAGAUCAACAGGAAUUGGUUUCUACACUUGUGGAAACACUUAUGACUGGCAAAAGAGUUAAACAUGAAGUUUCUGGAGAGACAGUGGUAUUUCAAGGGGGAGCUCUUGGCAAAACACCAGAUGGUCAGGGCCUUUCUACUUACAAGGAACUUUGUUCUCUGGCAAGUGAUCUUAGCCAGCCAGAUCUGGUGUAUAAAUUUAUGAAUUUAGCCAACCAUCAUGCAAUGUGGAACUCUAGGAAGGGUGCUGCUUUUGGUUUUAAUGUAAUUGCUACCAGAGCUGGAGAGCAGCUGGCUCCUUUUCUGCCUCAGCUAGUUCCUCGACUUUAUCGUUACCAGUUUGAUCCCAACCUUGGCAUUCGACAGGCCAUGACAAGUAUUUGGAAUGCGUUGGUCACUGACAAAUCCAUGGUGGAUAAAUAUUUGAAAGAAAUUCUUCAAGAUUUGGUUAAGAACCUUACAAGCAACAUGUGGCGAGUUCGAGAAUCCAGCUGUUUAGCUUUGAAUGAUUUAUUGAGAGGAAGACCCUUAGAUGACAUCAUUGAUAAACUUCCAGAAAUUUGGGAAACGCUUUUUAGAGUACAAGAUGAUAUCAAGGAAUCUGUACGAAAAGCAGCAGAACUAGCUCUGAAAACUCUGAGCAAGGUCUGUGUGAAAAUGUGUGACCCUGCCAAAGGAGCGGCUGGCCAGAGAACCAUCGCUGCCCUUCUCCCUUGCCUUCUGGACAAAGGAAUGAUGAGCCCUGUGACGGAAGUUCGAGCCCUCAGCAUUAACACCCUUGUGAAGAUCAGCAAAAGUGCAGGAGCCAUGUUGAAACCGCAUGCACCAAAACUCAUUCCAGCUCUGCUAGAGUCCUUAAGUGUACUGGAGCCCCAAGUUCUCAAUUAUUUGAGCCUCCGGGCGACAGAGCAAGAAAAGGCUGCGAUGGAUAGUGCUCGGCUUAGUGCUGCCAAAUCUUCUCCGAUGAUGGAAACAAUCAACAUGUGCCUGCAAUACCUUGAUGUGUCAGUGCUGGGCGAGCUAGUUCCUAGGUUGUGUGAACUGAUCAGAAGUGGUGUAGGUCUUGGAACUAAGGGCGGCUGUGCCAGUGUCAUUGUGUCAUUAACUACUCAGUGUCCUCAGGACCUAACACCUUACUCAGGUAAACUUAUGAGUGCUUUGCUGAGUGGCCUGACAGAUCGGAACAGUGUGAUUCAGAAAUCUUGUGCAUUUGCCAUGGGCCAUUUAGUUCGGACCUCACGGGAUAGCAGCACUGAAAAACUCCUGCAGAAGCUCAAUGGGUGGUAUAUGGAGAAAGAAGAACCUAUCUACAAGACCUCUUGUGCUUUGACUAUUCAUGCUAUUGGACGAUACAGCCCUGAUAUAUUAAAGAAUCAUGCAAAAGAAGUCCUGCCUCUGGCAUUUUUAGGCAUGCAUGAAAUUGCUGAUGAGGAGAAAUCUGAAAAAGAAGAAUGUAAUUUAUGGACUGAAGUGUGGCAGGAAAACGUACCUGGUUCCUUUGGUGGCAUUCGAUUAUAUCUGCAGGAGUUAAUUACUAUUACCCAGAAGGCUUUGCAGUCUCAGUCCUGGAAAAUGAAAGCCCAGGGUGCAAUUGCCAUGGCAUCAAUUGCAAAGCAAACUAGCUCUCUAGUACCUCCAUAUCUUGGAAUGAUACUGACUGCAUUGCUGCAAGGUCUGGCUGGAAGAACGUGGGCAGGAAAGGAGGAGCUAUUGAAAGCCAUUGCCUGUGUGGUGACAGCUUGCAGUGCAGAGCUGGAAAAGUCUGUGCCCAAUCAACCCAGCACAAAUGAAAUUCUUCAAGCUGUUCUGAAGGAAUGUAGCAAAGAGAAUCUCAAAUACAAGAUUGUAGCAAUCAGCUGUGCAGCUGAUGUCUUGAAGGCCACCAAAGAAGACAGAUUCCAGGAGUUUUCUGACAUUGUCAUACCUCUCAUCAAGAAGAACUCACUUGAAAGCAGUGGGGUCCGGACAACCAAAAAUGAAGAGGAGAAUGAGAAGGAAAAGGAGCUCCAGCUGGAAUAUCUGCUGGGUGCCUUUGAAAGCCUGGGCAAAGCCUGGCCCCGAAACGCGGAGACCCAACGUUGUUAUCGUCAAGAGCUGUGCAAACUGAUGUGUGAACGGCUAAAACUCAGCACGUGGAAAGUGCAGCUAGGAGUCUUGCAAUCAAUGAAUGCCUUUUUUCAGGGGUUAAUGCUUUUGGAAGAAGAACAUGCAGAUCCUGAGGCUUUGGCUGAAAUUCUGCUUGAAACUUGUAAAUCAAUCACAUAUUCUUUAGAAAAUAAGACCUACUCAUCUGUGAGAACAGAAGCUUUAUCUGUGAUAGAAUUGCUGCUUAAAAAACUUGAAGAAUCUAAACAGUGGGAAUGUUUGACAUCUGAAUGCAGAGUGCUCCUAAUUGAGUCUUUAGCUACUAUGGAGCCAGACAGCAGACCUGAACUGCAGGAGAAAGCAGCGUUACUGAAGAAAACACUUGAAAACCUGGAAUAAAUUAGAAGGGGAAGAAACAAACAAGUGCCAUGUUCAUUGGGGGUUGAAAUGGUGGUGUUCUUUGAAAAACCAAGUGGGAAAGAGUAAAGAUUAAUCUGUAGCAUGCAUCAUUCCUUGGCUGAAAUAAAAAGAAAAAGCCUUAAA